AGGAGCAAAGCAAACACACCGCGUACGACACGAACACGUCACUCGCCGGAGACGUUCUUCUGCCACAUACUCGCUCAGCGUUUAGCCAGCGGUUCGCAGCUGGCUGCUCAGAAAUGUCACGUUUUCGGGGAAACGGGAGACUUCCGCUGGUUUGUUAAAGAUCAUGAUGAAGCAAAGCGGAAUGGAGCCGUGGAAUAAGCCCAACCCGCCUCGCUCAGUCUGAUCAAUGAAGUACGUCAACUGAAGCCUGAAGUAGAAGACGAAUUGCACCAUGGGAAGGAUCAGCUUUUCGUGCCUCUUCCCAGCCUCUUGGCACUUCAGCCUGUCGUCCCAGGUUCUUCCUCGGCUCCUCGUCCCUUCCCUCAGACAGCUGCUCUUCAUCGGCCUGGUGCUCUGCCUCAUAGGACUGCUCUACCUGCUGCUUGUCACGGGAAAGGGCCACGCCAGCUGGAUCAGGAAGGAAAAUAAUUUCCACAGGCACUUGGCAAGGGUGACUGAUGUGGAUGCGACGGAUACCAGCAACCCCGACCUGAACUACGGCUUGGUGGUGGACUGUGGCAGCAGCGGCUCUAGAGUAUUUGUUUACUGCUGGCCCAGGCACAAUGGUAAUCCUCAUGAGCUGUUGGACAUCCAGCAAAUGCGAGAUCAACACCGCAAGCCAGUGGUAAUGAAGAUCAAACCGGGUAUUUCUGAAUUGGCUAAAACACCAGAGAAAGCCAGUAAUUAUAUUUAUCCACUGCUGAGCUUUGCAGCCGAACACAUUCCCAAAAAUAAGCACCAGGAAACCCCUUUGUAUAUACUCUGCACAGCUGGAAUGAGAAUCCUACCUGAAAGUCAGCAAGAAGCUAUUCUCGAGGAUCUGCGCACCGACAUCCCAGUCCACUUCAACUUCCUCUUCUCCGACUCCCAUGUUGAAGUCAUUUCUGGAAAACAGGAAGGUGUCUAUGCAUGGAUUGGAAUAAACUUUGUCCUUGGAAGGUUUAACCAUGUGCACAAUGAUGGGGAGGCUGUAGUCGAGGUUCAUGUCCCGGGCAGCGAUCAGCAGGAGGCUCUGGUGAGAAAGAGGACUGCCGGUGUCCUGGACAUGGGCGGGGUCUCCACACAGAUUGCAUACGAAGUGCCCAAAACUGUAAGCUUUGCUUCUCCACAACAGGAGGAAGUUGCUAAGAACUUACUGGCGGAGUUCAAUUUGGGAUGUGACGCACAUCGCACAGAGCAUGUUUAUCGUGUUUAUGUGUCCACCUUCCUGGGUUUUGGAGGAAAUGCAGCACGCCAAAGAUAUGAAGAAAGCCUCACCAGAAAUACUGCCACUCGAAACAAGUUCUUGGGUCAGCAGAUUGGUGAGACAGCAGAGUCUCCCCUCCUGGACCCUUGUCUGCCCGCAGACCUGCAGGAUGAGAUUGGUCCAUCUGCACAGAAGCUCCAUCUGCGAGGCACAGGAGACUUUGACCAGUGUCGCCAGAUUCUCCAGCCGUUCCUCAACCACACAAAUGAGACCCACACCUCCCUCAAUGGUAUCUACCAGCCGGCCAUCGACUACAGUAACAGUCAGUUCUAUGGCUUCUCUGAAUUCUACUACUGCACGGAGGAUGUGCUGCGCAUGGGCGGGGAUUAUAAUGCUUCAAAAUAUAUACGGGCUGCUAAGAGUUACUGCGCCACCCAGUGGAAGACUCUGAGAGAGCGCUUUGACUCUGGCUUGUAUGCUUCACAUGCUGAUCUCCACAGACUGAAGUACCAGUGUUUUAAAUCAGCUUGGAUGUAUGAAGUAUUACACUCAGGCUUCUCUUUCCCGGCCAAUUACAAAAACCUAAAGACGGCGCUGCUGGUCUAUGAUAAAGAGGUCCAGUGGACUCUUGGCGCUAUACUUUACCGAACACGGUUUCUGCCUUUGAGGGACAUCCAACAGGAAACCUUGAAAGGAGCUCACUCUCACUGGCGGCACAACUUCUCCUUCGUCAACAACCACUACUUAUUCCUGGCAUGUUUCUUCAUUGUGCUGUUGUCUAUUAUGUUGUACCUGAUGCGACUCCGCCGCAUCCACCGGCACGCUGCCCAACGCUGCACCACCUCCUCCAUACCGUGGUUGGAGGAGGGCCUCAGCUCACCCACACUUCCAUCACCCUCUAAACUAUUCAGUACUGAGAUCUAGACAAAAGAGGAACAUUGUUUGUGAGCCCUCAGGCUUGGCUGAGCCAAUGUUUGUAUUUAAUUUAUUUAGUUUGACAUGAAAAUGUAUUUUUUAUAUGGAUACCGGUCACACCUUUGCAGCUGCCUAAAGGUGACUUCUACUUAAAUCAUAAAAUUAAUAAAGACAAACACAUCGGUACUUUUCCCGUAAAGGGAAUCUUCCAUACCCAAAUAAAGUAUCUAAACUUUCACAAAGUUUGACAAAUAUACCACAGUGGCGAUUUUUUUUUAAAGUGUGUGUGGGCAUUUGCCUUUUCUUUAUGCCUUUUUUAUAUGUGCAACAUCACAUGUUUUUCUCUUUUUUCAAAUACGGAAACCUGAAAUGCAAUACGAUUCAUAAUUAGUGGAAGAAGCACUUUGUAAUGCAGAUAGAAAUAAGAAUGCACAACGCCUCUCAGCUGGAAUGGUCUUUUUUUUGUGUGCCUGUGACUAUCACAUUUUUUUUUUUUGCCUCUAGUGCAAUACAUGUCUUGACACUGUUGGUAAAUUCUCCAAAACCUAUCAAUUCUUUUUGUAUAGUAUCAAUCUCUAUUGAAGCCCUACUUCACGUUGGGUGAUCUGAUUAUCAUGUUGGAUGCUGUUGCAUAAACUGUUGUUUACGUUGGGCUUCAUUUUCAGAAGCUAUCAUAUCACUGCUGCGAGGGGAUUGUAAAUGAGGGCACAUUUAUCUGUCCCGUUAUUUAUAUGAAAAUGGUGUAUUGAAAUGUUUGCACAGAUGAAUGCAAAAUAAAUAUUGUCAAAUUUCAAUUAA